GAUUAGGAACGUCCAUCCGAACAUAUAUUUGGUAGAGACACGCGGGGCUGUCCAGACUCAAAAGACUCCAAGAAAUGGCUUCAAUUACAGGUGAUCUUCUGCUUCUCAAACCAUGGCGUUCCUUCUCUUAUCUCGACCAGAACGGUGCGUUUCCCUGGACUCAGACCAAGACGAAGGAACAUAAGCAGAAGCAUAAGUUCACACUCUCUUCCAAAACGACUAGGAAAGGGGUCGUUUUGGCCUUGCCUUUCGACCUCUCCCCUCCUCCCAUCGACCACGACCUCCUGGACAUUGUGGCAACUGAAGGGGCAAAGGUUUCCGAUGAUGGGAUUGUCGAAACUUUCGAUAACGAUGACCAAGCUUUUGAUGGAGCCUAUAAUGGUGUUGUGGUAGCAGACCUUUCACAUUUUGGACGGAUAAGAGUUAGCGGAGAAGACCGUAUCCAAUUUCUUCACAACCAAACAACUGCCAAUUUUGAAUGCCUUCAUGAAGGACAGGGAUGUGACACCGUUUUUGUUACACCAACAGCUCGGACAAUAGAUAUUGCACACGCGUGGAUAAUGAAAAAUGCAGUACUGUUAGUGGUCUCACCUGUGACUUCGAGAAGUAUCUCUGAAAUGCUGAAUAAGUACAUAUUCUUUAAUGACAAGGUAGAGAUUCAAGACAUCACUAAGCAAACUUGCUUCUUUGUUUUGGUGGGACCUAAAAGCAACCAGAUAAUGGAAGAGUUAAACCUAGGUGAUCUUGUUGGACAGCCAUAUGGCACACAUCAGCAUUUUAGUGUUAACGGGAUGCCUAUAACUGUGGGUGUGGGUAAUGUCAUUUCUGAAAAGGGUUUUUCACUUUUGAUGUCACCAGCUGCCGCUGGAUCAGUCUGGAAAACGAUUCUGUCACAGGGUGCAAUUCCAAUGGGCUCUAAUGCAUGGGAAAAACUAAGAAUUUUCCAAGGAAGGCCAGCUCCUCAGAAGGAGCUUACUAAUGAAUAUAAUGUCCUGGAGGCUGGUCUCUGGAAUUCGAUCUCUUUAAACAAAGGGUGCUACAAGGGACAAGAGACUAUAGCUAGACUCAUAACAUAUGACGGAGUUAAGCAAAGACUUUGGGCGAUUCGUCUAUCAGCCCCGGCAGAAGUUGGCAGCCUCAUUACAAUUGAUGGGAAAAAGGUUGGGAAGCUCACAAGUUGCACAUCGGGAAGAAAGGAAAAUGGGUAUUUUGGUUUAGGCUACAUCAAGAGGCAAACUGUUUCAGAGGGAGACACUGUAAUUGUUGGAGAUGCUGUUCCUGGAAGAGUGGUAGAAGUACCUUUUCUUGCUGGGCAACGCUCACCGACAAGGAGCUCAAGUUCUUGAGGUGCAUUCAUCCUUUAGACCAUGAAUCUCAAAUCCAAUUUACAUUCGGGCUUGAUUUUAAUUGUUCUCUACCAAUCCAAGACACAGAGGUGUUGUAACAUUAGGGAAGUAAAAUUGUUAUGAAGCUAUUCAUGAAAUAACAUCAAAUUAUAUUUUCGUGUUGUUUUGUGCGAAAGAGGGGCUUACUUUUA